UUCUGCACGACGUCUCUCUCCCACUCUCCAAGCUUCCUACGUUUUGUGCUCACGCGCCAAGUCUCUCUCUCUCUCAUUUCUGGAAUCGAAGAAAUCAAUCUCCUCGAGGAAAGUUUUCCUCUUUCGCAUCGGAAUUGGGGAUUAGGGUUAGGGUUUUCCCCCCUUUUGUGAUAUCGUUUUUGUUCGAUCAAUGUGAACAAAUCCAAUUGGUGUACUGCUCUUCGAUGUACGGUCCUCAUCAACAGGCGGUGAACAUCGCCAAUCAAAUGGGUUCCGCUGGUGAUGCUGGCGCCGCCAGGGAAGACGAUGGCUCCGCCGUGAGGUCUGGUCACAUCGCCUACGAUGACGGUGUCUCCAUGGACGAAAUCCCGCACCAUGACUCUGUGUUUGUUCACGGUGGUGUCUCUGAGCUGGUUCCCCGUGGCUCUGAAUUGGUUCCUCACCGCUCUGAAGGAUCUGAUUUGAUGGUUUCCCGAGAAUUGGAGGAGCCGAAUCAGCUCACGCUCUCGUUUCGUGGCCAGGUUUACGUUUUCGACGCUGUUGGUCCCGAUAAGGUCGAUGCCGUCUUAUCGUUAUUGGGUGGGUGUCCGGAGGUGUCCCCAGGGCUGCAGGGCAUGGAGUUACCUCAGCAGAAUUCGCCUACUUUUGACUAUCAAAACCGCUGUAGCCUUCCGCAACGGGCACAAUCCUUGGAUAGAUUCCGGAAGAAGAGGGAUGCAAGAUGUUUUCAGAAGAAAGUAAGAUACGGUGUCCGCCAGGAAGUUGCCUUAAGAAUGUCGCGUAAUAAAGGCCAGUUUACCUCCUCUAAGAAGCCUGAUAGCGCCUAUAACUCGGGCACCGAUCAAGAAUCUACACAAGACGAUGGCCAUCCAGAAAUAUCGUGUACGCACUGUAGCAUCAGUUCCAAGUGCACACCAAUGAUGCGGCGUGGUCCGUCUGGCCCUCGGACUCUCUGCAAUGCCUGUGGACUCUUUUGGUCCAACAAGGGUACAUUGAGGGAUCUGUCCAAGAAAAUCGAGGAUAAUCAAUUGCCGACGCCAAAACAGGGCGAGGGUGAAGCCGAGGCCGAUAAUUCAAAUACCGAAAUUGCUAUGGUUCACGGACACAACACCUUGGUUUCUGUCGCUAGUCGGGAUAAUUCUAGUUUUUAAGGCGAUCAUUAAAUGUUGUUACAAAGAAUCGAAAAGAUUCGAGAACAAGAAAAGAAAGAAAGAACCAUCCUAUACUUGUAGAAGCAGAUGGGUAAUCAUCAGAGCUUUUCUUCUCUUCUCCCCCUCUAUAUGUAUAUAGAUACCAUGUUGAUACAUACACUAAUAAAAAAUAUCAGAUCAGAUGCCUUUCAUUUCA